AUGUCAAAGAUUAUUGGAACCCAUAGUGGUCAUUUCCACUGCGAUGAAGCCUUAGCUGUAUGGAUGCUCAAACAGACAAAUGACUUUAAAGGCGCUAGUCUCGUUCGUACCCGUGAUCCUGCCAAGCUUGCUGAGUGUUCCGUGGUUGUUGACGUGGGAGGUGUUUAUGAUCCUGCACAGCAGCGAUAUGAUCAUCAUCAGCGUGGCUUUACAGAAACCUUUGAUGACAAGCAUACUACCAAAUUAAGCUCGGCAGGUCUUGUCUACAAGCACUUUGGACGUCAAGUAAUUGCCAACAUUCUUGGUCGCCCCGAGACGGAUAAGGACAUUGAAAUUAUCUUCCAAAAAGCCUACAAUGACUUUAUAGAGGCCCUUGACGCCAAUGAUAACGGUAUCAGUGCAUAUCCUAGCAACAUUACCCCAUUGUACAAGGAAUCUCCUACUUCUUUGCCCCAACGAGUCGCCAAGAAAAAUCCUGCAUGGAAUGAAACCCUUACUGAUCCAGAGACCGAUGCUCGUUUCAUUGUGGCUUCUGAUAUGGCUGGUAGUGAAUUGGCCGAGUACGUUCAAAGCAUGGCAUCCUCCUGGUUGCCUGCACGUGCACUCGUUGUAGACGCUCUUGACAAACGCGAACAGGUACACCCUUCAGGUCGCGUGAUUGCGUUAGAACGCUCGUGUCCCUGGAAAGAACAUUUGCUGAGCUUGGAGCAAGAACGUGGUUUGGUGGAAGAUGACAAGCGCAUUUUGUAUGUGUUGUACCCUGAGUCUACUGCACCUGAGAGCAACUGGCGUAUCCAAUGUGUGCCUGUCCGCCCUGAAGGCUUUGAAAAUAGAAAGAGCUUGCCAGAGAGCUGGAGAGGAUUCCGUGAUCAGGAGCUGAGCCAAAUCAGCAAAAUCGAUGGAUGUAUCUUUGUCCAUGCAGGAGGAUUCAUUGGCGGUAACAAGACUCGUCACGGUGUCUAUGAAAUGGCACGCCUUGCAUUGGAACAUUAG